GGGUUGCCAUGGCAAUGGUAAACCGAGAUGCCACAUUGGUGGGCGUGUCUUAAGAAGAGCUGCUUCCACCCUCCGCCCUGUUUUAGCUAGUUCUCAAUCUGGUGUGGUGCCUGAGUCCCCGCCUCCAAAGUCCCACAUCCUACCUCAGAACUUCUGAGAAAGGCUUUUCCCCUUCCGCCCUGGCCUUUCCCAUCCCAAUAAGAAGGAGCUGCCUGGAAGUGACCCCCAAAGCCCUUUCAUUUCUGACCUUCUGGGGCAUCUGGGUUGUGGCUCAUCCUAGACCUGCUCCCGUCCCCCAGCCCUCCCUUGGCCUGGUCAGCUCCUACCAAUAACUGUGUGUUGCAAGGGUUAGAAAGCCAGGAGAGGCAGCUGCAGAUGUGUUUUAUUUCUUUGUCUUGCCUGAUUGCUCUGGCGAGGACCUCCAGUACUACGUUGAAGAGUGGUGACAGUGCACAUCUUUGUCAUGCUCCAGUUCUUAGGGGGAAUGUUUUCUACUUUUCCCUGCUUGCUAUAUUGGCUGGGAUUUCGUCACCUAUCGCCUUUAGUAUUUUGAGCUCAGCCUGGGCUACACAGCCAGGUGUCAGGCGUGUCUCUGCUGAUCUGAGUCUGCCUGCGGCAUGGACCUGCAUCUUCCCUGAAGCAUCUCCAGGGCUGAAAAAUCACUGACCAUGGCACCAUGGUCUCAUCCAUCUGCACAGCUGCAGCCAGUGGGAGGAGACGCCGUGAGCCCUGCCCUCAUGGCUCUGCUCUGCCUCGGGCUGAGUCUGGGCCCCAGGACCCACGUGCAGGCAGGGAACCUCUCCAAACCCACCCUCUGGGCUGAGCCAGGCUCUGUGAUCAGCCGGGGGAACCCUGUGACCAUCCGGUGUCAGGGGACCCUGGAGGCCCAGGAAUACCGUCUAGAUAAAGAGGGAAGCCCAGAACCCUGGGACACACAGAACCCACUGGAGCCCAAGAACAAGGCCAGAUUCUCCAUCCCAUCCAUGACAGAGCACCAUGCAGGGAGAUACCGCUGUUACUAUUACAGCCCUGUAGGCUGGUCAGAGCCCAGCGACCCCCUGGAGCUGGUGGUGACAGGAUUCUACAACAAACCCACCCUCUCAACCCUGCCCAGCCCUGUGGUGACCUCAGGAGAGAACAUGACCCUCCAGUGUGGCUCAUGGCUGAGAUUCAACAGGUUCAUUCUGACUGAGGAAGGAGACCACAAGCUCUCCUGGACCUUGGACUCACAGCUGACCCCCAGUGGGCAGUUCCAGGCCCUGUUCCCUGUGGGCCCUGUGACCCCCAGCCACAGGUGGAUGCUCAGAUGCUAUGGCUCUCGCAGGCAUAUCCUGCAGGUAUGGUCAGAACCCAGUGACCUCCUGGAGAUUCCGGUCUCAGGAGCAGCUGAUAACCUCAGUCCGUCACAAAACAAGUCUGACUCUGGGACUGCCUCACACCUUCAGGAUUACACAGUAGAGAAUCUCAUCCGCAUGGGCAUGGCCGGCUUGAUCCUGGUGGUCCUUGGGAUUCUGAUAUUUCAGGAUUGGCACAGCCAGAGAAGCCCCCAAGCUGCAGCUGGGAGGUGAACAGAAGAGAGGACAAUGCACCAUUGAAUGCUGGAGCCUUGGAAGUGAAUCUGAUGGUCCUAGGAGGUUCGGGAAGACCAUCUGAGGCCUAUGCCAUCUGGACUGUCUGCUGGCAAUUUCUUUUUUUCUUUCUUUUCUUUUUUUUUUUUUUUUUUUCGAGACGGAGUCUUGCUCUGUCACCAGGCUGGAAUGCAGUGGCGCAAUCUGGGCUCACUGCAACCUCCGCCUCUCAGGUUCAAGUGAUUCUCCUGCCUCAGCCUCUGGCAAUUUCUAGAGGGAGGAAUGGGUGUUUGAGUGCAGGGACACUGGUCUGGGGUGAUCCAUGGAGGACCAUUAAAAUGUGACACCUUUCCUUUCUAUUAA